UCACUUCGUCUUCACUUCUGCUCCUCCCACUGCUUCACUGGCUUCGGCUUUUGAAGCAACGGCAACUUCCUCAUGAAGAGGCUAGUGGCUCUGCUUCUUCUGGCAUUAAGCAGUGCUCUGGAGAGUAACGGGGAUGAUGUUAAUGGUGGACCAUGCGAGCACAGAGCACUGGAUGCGAGGCCUCACAGUGUCUCAAUUUCAGAGUUUGGGGCAGUAGGAGAUGGGAAAACACUUAACACCGUUGCCUUCCAGAACGCAAUAUUCUAUCUCAAGUCCUUUGCUGAUAAGGGCGGCGCACAGUUAUAUGUCCCCUCAGGCACAUGGCUCACCGGAAGCUUCAACCUUACCAGCCACCUCACUCUCUUCCUUGCCGGUGGUGCCACUAUUGUUGGGUCCCAGGAUAUUGACCACUGGACUGUGGUGGAUCCGCUGCCUUCUUAUGGUGGAGGGACUGGGGCUGAGGGAAAGAGAUAUCGCAGCUUAAUUUACGGACAGAACUUAAGUGAUGUGGUUAUUACAGGUGACAAUGGAACUAUCGAUGGCCAGGGCGCUUUCUGGUGGGACAUGUUCAAUUCUCAUUCCUUGAAUUACAGCCGACCACAUCUCGUGGAAUUCAUAGGUUCUGAAGACAUCAUAAUCUCAAAUUUAACCUUUUUAAAUCCUCCAGCCUGGGACAUCCAUCCAGUGUAUUGCAGCAACGUUCGAAUUCACAAUAUUACAGCUCGUGCACCACUUGAUUCCCCAUACACCAGUGGCAUAGUUCCAGAUUCUUCAGACAAAGUUUGUGUUGAGAACAGCAAUAUUAGCAGUGGUCAUGAUGCGAUUGUGCUGAAGAGUGGCUGGGAUGAGUAUGGAAUCUCAUACGGCAAAGCCACCUCGAGGGUCCACAUCAGGAGUGUUAGGCUACAAUCUUCAUCAGGAGCUGGCCUGGCUUUUGGAAGCGAGAUGUCUGGAGGCAUAUCCGCCAUAAUUGCGGAGCACUUGCAAGUAUUCAAUUCCUAUGUUGGCAUCAAAGUGAAGACAACGAAGGGCAGGGGUGGCUAUGUCACAGACAUUUUCAUCUCAGACGCACAUCUGGAAAAUAUAUAUAUGGGACUCAGCAUCGAUGCCUACUGUGGUUCCCAUCCGAAUGAGGACUACGAUCCAAGUGCACUUCCCGUUGUUGGUGGCAUUACUUAUAAGGACGUGGUUGGUGCUAAUAUUACUGUUGCUGGCAAUUUCUCGGGAUUAGUUGAUUCGCCUUUCUCGUCAAUCUGUCUUUCCAAUGUCACUUUUUCAAUCAGUUCCGAGUCGUCGUCCCCUUCUUGGUUUUGCUCUAAUGUCAAAGGUUUCUCUCAAGAGGUACAUCCUCAGCCCUGUCCUGAUCUCCAGAGCUCCUCUUCUUCUUCUUGCUUUGCCUUCACAUAUCCAUCGACCUACGUCUCGAGCUUAUGAGGUGAUCGCAAUCACAGUGAUUCGUUUCAUUCAAUCUGUACAUGAGACCCAGAUUUUAUAUUCCGCUUCUUCAACACAAUUUUCCAAUAAAAGCAAAUUUUGAUGUAAAGAGGUUCUUUCUCUUCAACGAUUCAAUCAAAUUUCCAUUUUCUUGGGGUUAA